AUGUGUCAACUGUCCUCAGGCAAACGUAGUGCUUCGAGUGGUUUUGUCAUGCACAACUGGCUCAUAUAUGGAGUAUGCCAAUCGUUGUUCAUUGAUGAGUACACGGAAUCGUUGUUCACAUUUACUCGAAGAAACGGGACUGACGAUUCCGAAUGUACCUCGUUAAAAUCGCGUGCCAAGAUUGAAUCCAGAAUAGUAGUAGUAGUAGUAGUAGUAGUAGUAGUAGUAGUAGUAGUAGUAGUAGUAGUAGUAGUAGUAGAAGUAGAAUUCAAGAGGCGGAUGAUUAGCCCAGUUGAUCUUGACGCGUUUUGUGGGGUCGGAUAG